UGGAGUAUGAAUCGGAUCGCUGAUGAAUGCUAAACUUUGCCGUUUUCUGUAUAAUUAUACUUCUGUUACGGGUGUUGUGCGUCUUUUCAAUAAGAACGAGAUUAGAAGCGAAGAUGAUGAACUAGUAAAGGUUGGAAAUACCUUGCUAGGCUUUUUAAAUGAAAAGAAGAGACAAGAUUUUUUUUUCGCCUGCACUGAGUGUGGAUAGAGAUCGAUUGGGAUGCAAAGCAGCCGUAAGAUUCACAAGAUGGUCCACACUGGAGAGAAACCCUUCACAUGUACCCAGUGUGGUAAGAGUUUCACACAAUCAACAAACCUUAAUAGACAUAUGAUGAUCCACACUGGAGAGAAACCUUUCACAUGUACCCAGUGUGGUACGAGUUUCACGCAGUCAUCCUCCCUUAAUAAACACAUGAUGAUCCACACUGGAGAGAGACCAUUUAUAUGCAAACAGUGUGGUAAGAGUUUCACACGAUCAUCAAACCUUCAUGAACACAUGAUGAUCCACACUGGAGAGAAACCAUUCACAUGUACCGAGUGUGGGAGGAAUUUCAGACAGUCGUCACACCUUAAUCAACACAUGUUGAUCCACACGGGAGAGAAACCACACAAAUGUGAUCACUGUGGUAAAACAUUUGCAAGGGGUUCAUUUCUAAAGCUUCAUGAAAGAGUUCACACAAAUGAGAAACCAUAUUCAUGUUCUGUGUGUGGAAAGAGUUGUACACGGCAGUCAAGUUUAAGAAAACAUCAGAAGAUCCACACUGGUGUGAGGGAAUAUGUCUGCUUUGAGUGUGAGAAGACUUUUAUUACAGCUGAUGAUUUGAAACGGCACCAAAGGAUUCACACUGGAGAGAAACCGUACAAGUGUUCACACUGCGGCAAGAGAUUCAGUCAGAAAGGAAGCGUGAAAAUACAUGAGAGGAUUCACUCAGUAAUUUGCUAGCCUGACUUGUAUGUAUUGUUAUUUAAUCUUUUCUCAUGAUAACCAGUUGUUUUCUAAAGAGUUAUUAUCGGUCUUUAAAUAGUCUUUGAAAGACGGGCUUAGCAUCAAGCAGUUUGCUUCUUCACAAUGUCCUCAGUAGCUUUAAAGGGCUCCUAUCACGCAAAAUCAACUUUUGGGAGCUGUUUGGACAGAACUGGAGUGAUUUAAAACACUUGCUCUUCUGUGACGCACCAUUAUUGCUGAAAAGUACAGAGAUUUUGGAGCACAAUAUGCUGCCGUCUUUUUCAGGGACGCCCAUGCAUAUUUCAACAAGACACUGCAAAACCACAUUCUGCACAAGUCCUGGCGGUGGAAUAAGAAGAUACAGGUACUUGACUGGCCUGCCUGCAGUCCUGACCUGUCUCCAAUAGAGAAUGUGUGGUGCAUUUUGAAGUGCAAAUCGCAACAACGAAGACCUCGUACUGUUGCCCACAUUAAGACUUGUUUGCAGGAAGAAUGGGACAAAACUACACCUGAAACACUUCAUCACUUGGUUUCUUCAGUCUCUAAUCAUCUUUUAAGUGUGAAAAGGAAUGGCAACAUUACAAAGCGGUAUGAUGGCGUGAAUUUGAUUGAUGGAUGUCCACUCCAGGAUUGAGUGACACAAGUCCUUUCUUAUGUCUUUACUACUGUAUAUACACAGACUUUGCUGACUAAUUGAUAAUGGUUAGAGCUUUUGCUUUUACCAUACGCUACUAUUAAAAAUUUUUCAUCGUAACAUAUUAAAGUAACUUUCCCUAGUGAUGGGUUGCAGCUGGAAAAGCAUCCACUGCACAAAAUAUAUGCUGGAUAGGUUGGCAGUUCAUUCCGCUGUGGCGACCCCAGAUUAAUAAAGGGAGUAAGCCGAAAAGAAAAUGAUUGAAUGAAUGUUAAAGUGACAAAUGAAUACUCGUAAUUGCUUAAAUGUCAUUUAUAAACCCACAUUACUCCCAUCAAAGUAGCCUAAAUAUCAAACAGACACAAGUCUAACAUCUGACAGAAGCAGAAUUAUGGAGAACAAAACAAACAUUAUAGGAGCUGUAAUUUAUAGCCAACAUAGUUUAUAGAGCAGCGUGGACUUUUAUUAUAAUGCUGGGUUCUUAGCAAAUGCAAAAUAUGUUUCAUACGGUGAACAGACCUACCAUUAAACAUAAAAUGUCACUAUUAUAACAGUGUUGCGAGAUGUAACUGACUGAUUCCAGCUCCAAAACACGCUGAAAUGCAAAAAUACCCACCCAGUCAUCUGGAAAUCAGGCUAAGUGUGUGUG